AUGUCUGAAUGGUCGCACUCGUUGGCCGAUCGCGCCGACGACAUCUACGGCUCGUCGGACACGGAGCUGGGCGACGCGUUUCCAUGCUCCUCGACCGCUGCGCUAGACGAGAGAAGGCGUUUGCAAGAGAGAGAGGCACUCGAUCUCUCGAACGUCGACGAGUCGUGCGUCAAGUUCACCGAGACGCCGUUUACGAUUGCGGCCAGGGUAGCCAACACCAAGCGACAAAGGCUGCAAGGCUCGAUACCAAGCACCGUCUCGCAGUCGUCCAGCGACACAGCCAGGACCGGUCCAGCCCCGGCGGUACCACGGUCAAAGCAUGGAGCCUCUACUAGCAGGCCGCGCAAGCCUCUCGCACAAAUCUCAGCCGGACGAGAGAUCGUGCACGACCCCGAAGUCGAGAGGUGGUCAGGAGCGAUUCCAUCGCGGGACAAGACUAGAGAUGCUUCGAGCUUCAAACUCGCCAGCAACGACCUCGUCCAGCCAGGUGUACCAAGCACCAUUCUCCCUGCCACCGAUUUGCCGCCCUCGGAGACACUUUCCUCCAGUACAGAGGGGACGGCAUCGAACCCCAUCUUCCGCUUCUCGCCGCCCGAAUUGAGCCCGCCGAAGCAAGGCAAAGCCAGGUCCGGUCCGCUAAGCGACCUCGUCAUCUCUCUCGCUUCGUCCGAUCAUGGCUCACCACUGCAAAUCCCUAGGAAGGAUGCCGAGCUAUCGGACGGCAUGAUGGAGAUGCUCGACGACCGCAACGAAGCCAUUGCCGCGACGGGGGAGUGGUCGUCGACGAACUUGGUUAGUCGGGGUUCAUCAACCUGGAAUCCUUGCGACGAUGCUGCGUCCGGCGAGCCUGGAUUGGUAUUCGAAACACCAUCCUGGUCUUCUGGCAUACUUGAAGAUGCAUCGAGGUCCCAUCGGCGCCCCUUCACUCCAUCGCCUCGAGACAGGGUCUACGAGCCGGCAUUCCAGCGAUUCGAGCCACAGAAACGACCGCCGACGGCAACGCGCACAUUGAUCGUGCAAGGACCGCCCUCUUUCCCCGCAUCGGCGACCACCUACGCCCAAGGCUCGGACACUGCAUCUUCGGAGCUGUGUCUCCCGCAGGCGCGAUCGCGAGCGAUUCGAGACUUUGGAAGCACCCCGAAUCCUAUCGACGCCUCGCAGAUGCGACCGCCCCAUCGCUCGCCCUCGGUGGCCAAGCGCUAUGCCGACACGGUCUCGGCCGGCGCGAGAAGCCCGACGGCGUUUGCGAUCCUGCUUUCCGGGGCCCAGGCUGGUGAGGCCAGCGUCGCCGGUAUCGUCGGCACCAGCACCGUUUCCUUGGCUUCUGCGGCGAAAGCCUGGCAACGUCUGAUGAGCCAGACCGUAAAUCGCUUCGACCUCACUGAGCCUACGGCAAAAGGAUCUGGCUUCCGAAGGCUGCAGAAGAACGAGAUCCCAGGACGGCGUAACGAUCCUGGUCAGAGCGUCUAG